UCCGAGGAGCUCAAGAGCCACGGCUUUGCACGGCGCCUCUCACUCUGUGCGGUGUCUUCGCUCAGUGUGCAUGCUCCUCCUCGUCCACUCGCUCACCUCCCCCAAGGCAUUCCCGGGGCCUGUUCUCCCCAAGAAGUGCUCGUGUGCUCAUGUUAGUGAGCAUUUACAACCUGUGUGAUAUUGUCAACUGUGCUCCUAGUCACCCAACCAAAGCCCAAGAAAGCAACUUUAAGAUUAUUAGUCCAUGCUCCGUAUGUGCAGGAGACAUGGCAUCCUUCCCACACUCGAUGCAGAUGGUGAAGGCCCAGAGGAAGCGACAACGCAGCGCUAACUCGGAAUCUCGCGCCGGAAUGUACGCCUGUGCAGAGCUGGAUCAGCCGAUGCGCUACAACAGCAAGAUGAUGAACAGCAUCUGGGGUCGCUAUAACGAAGACUCCGUCCACAACUUCAAGUCCCUUCAGUGUGCCGGGAAGGUGGCCGCUGAGUCCCAGCAGACCCAGGCCCUGCAGAUGCAGCAGCAGCAGCAAUUGCAGCUGCAGCAACAGCAACAACAGCAACUGCAGCAGGCUGCGCCGGAGCCCGGGCUGGGGCUCAGACAGCGCCUGGGGGAGCUGGGACAAGCGGUCACCGCCAACUUCAUGGAUAACCUGCAUCAGUACUAGUGUUGCUGCUCGAAUGUCAACCCUUCCAAGUCAUGAGUCAAGCCACCCCACCCCACAGCACAGCACAGCAUGGCAUCGCCGCUGCGAAGGACGCCGGGUUGAAAUUUGAAAUCCGAAGAGCCCGGUCGGUUCCUUUCCCUAACCCGAAACAGCGAGGAUUUCUCUGUCUCUCUCUCUUUCUCUCCAGACUUAUCUAUGCUUUUAUAUGCAGGGAGUAAAUACAAUGUCCCCCGAUCUUUUUUAUCAAUACAUUCGUUUUUGUUUUUUUAUUUACUAUAUUUCAUCUAACCUUUUGUAAAGUAAGCUCAGUUAACUAAACACAACAGCUUAACGUUGCUUCACUGGUAAGAGCUACUUCCUAGGAAGGACAGAGGCUCGGUUUUACUUCAACAUGAAGAAUCGCAGUGAAAGAUCUUAUGAUCUUUGGAAGAAAUCAAGAUUUUUAUAACGAAGUGAAUGGUUGACAAAUGUGCAGCAACGCACGGUUAAUGCAGAGAAUAUAUUAAUAAAAAAAUAUAUUAUAAUCGAUUAGAUGGUGUAACAAUAUUACUAACCUGCCUUUAAUGUAGACUUAAGUUUAUAUCGAGUGAAAAAUAUAAAAGAACAUUCUCAAAGAACGGGUUAUAAAUACCGGAAUGUGAAAAUCCCAGUUAAGUGAUAUGUAAGAGAAUUCGCUAUUCGUUAUGAUCAGUCACUAUAAAUAAAAUGACAAAUUAUU